AUGUCGUCGCCAACGAAGCUGUUGUCGAGUCCGACAAAAGCACUCAACCCCCUCUCGCCUGAACGAAUAAACCAACAGCAACUACCGCCCCAGUCCCCCUCGAAAUCAUCCGAUAUCUUCGACAUUCAUCGGAAAAGCGCUAGGGCCAACUCUGAUGUACAAUCCAAGGUUGCCUUUUUGAACCAGCUAUCGCGGUCGGGUAGCCCGGCAGGGGCACAGCAGCAAUCUGCCAGCGCAUCGGCAGCCCUUCAACGAGCCAUUCUUGGACGCGAAGAGGCAGAGUCUGCGCUAUCGAAUGUAUCCGCUCAACUUUCCGAGGCGCAAUCUCGCGAGCGCCGUAUCAGCGAGCGCCUUGAGUCGCUGCUGGAGGAGUUGCAAGCAUCCAAGGAACGCAAAGCCCACGAACGAACGAUAUUCGAGAAGGAAAUCCGGAAGGCACGGAAGGAGGCCUUUCGUGCAGGAUCGACCUUGGUGAAAACGCAGGAAGAUUUGAAGGAAGCACGAGGGGAGGCCAAGGCAUAUAAAGAGGAACUUGAGGUGGAGCGAAAAUCGAAAGAUAAGGCUAAACAGGAAGCUUUCGAGCGAGCCUACGCAAUUGCUGGACUCACCGAAGAACUCGAGGAGCUGAAAGCACGACUGCGCGUUGCGGAAGCUAAAAACAGUGCCGACCCCCUGAAGACCCGCGAUCGAGCACUGCGCAAGGAGGAGGGCUCGAGAGUGUCUCUAGCAGAAGGCGAUCUUACCCUACUUGCAACCCCGGCGUCUCGAAGACCGAAACGAUCCGCAGACUACUUGGCCGACUUUCCCAUCGAUGAAACGGAGGAGACCCCCACGAAGGCCACACCCCCGAAGAGACUACGACUAUCCGAUGUGGCAGUAGAAGAGAGGGACACAGAGGAACAGACUCCCCGGCAGGCCAUCAAAGAAGAAAUCGAAGAAGCCCCUCAAGAGACUCAAGAGAUGCCUCCUACCGAUGUUAAGGAAACCCCAGAAGAAGCCCCCGAAAAUGCCCUGGUUGAAGCCCCCGAAGAGGCUCCUCUGGAGAUUGCCAAACAGGUUGUCGUGAGACCUAGCGAAGAGGACUUUAAACUUGCUCUCAACGAGGCUCGACAGGAGGAUCGUAUGGAUGUCAUGCGCAGCCAAGCCAUGGUUGAACAUCUCCAGAUUUCUCUUCGGCUGGAAACGCGCAUGAGAGAGAACGCAGAAGAACUGGCAGAGUUUCUGCGUAUGGAAUGCCAGUUCAAGCGUUGUUCGUGUCGCCUCGUGGAGGAGAUGGAGAGCGCCCAUGUUCAACCUCAAGCCCAGAUCAAGGGUGCAAGUCCUGAAAUGCACGUGGACGCCCGGCACCGAAACCACCAAGCCUCUACUCGACAGACUCCUCACGCUGAAAUGCUCGAUCAACCAGUCUCCAACCGCCUGCCUGCUGAACAGCACGUCCCGAAGGCCGGUUCGCCAACUUCCCCAAGCAUUCGAGACAAAACACCACCGCCUCCCAAGCACGCACCGAUAGAUUCAAGCGAUGUAUCCGAAGAACCGCUGAUUACAUUCUCCCCUGUCACCGGGACGUUCCAAAAGAUCCCAUCUCCGGUCCGAUCCGUGAAGAAACUUCCUUUCAUCCCACCAAUGUCCCCCGUUGAGGCCGCCAAACGUCAGCCCACAAGCCCUCUUGCAAAGUACGAGCUCAACCAGGAAGAGGAGCCUGCUGAAUACUUCCAAGCCGAGUCUGCUGUGCCAGCCCCGGUCCAUCUUUCACCGACUCCCACUCCCGCUCAAACAACCCCGGUUAACCCGCCUUUGAGGACGGCAGCGAGCCAUAGAAACCUGAAGAACGACCAAAACGUGAAAAGGGUUCCCCUCAGAAAAGAGGGCUCAGUACCAGACCAGAGCUCCGCCGUUAAGGGGACUCCCGUCAGCCGGGAAGAAGCACUUGCGCAGAUCAGGGCACGCAGGGGUCGCGCUAACACGACGAAACGAUCUGCCAGCGCGAUGGAAACCACCCGUCGCACGGCAAAUGCUAGUUCACAUCCAACGGACUCGGCUCGUCGCAUCCCUGGCGUACAAAACCCGCAACGAAGGAGCGAAAGCGGCGACAUGCGGAACCGAAGAGACAUGAGUGCACCGAUCCGGAUGACGCAUCAUCGUCGGUGA